AUGGCCACAAUACGGACUUCGCGGCCACACCAAGACAGGACUGCGCAGGAGCCAAGGGAUCCUUCUGUACACUCUGUGAUACUGGCCAACAUCAGGGAGGUCAAUGAAAAUAUCAGACUGUUAAGAUUGAACGCCACCGAUCCAAAUCGAGCUAUCAAGUUCUUGCCUGGACAAUGGCUAGAUACAUUCAUACCGGGCUUGCAGAAAGCUGGUGGCUUCACAAUCACAUCUACCCCAGGCGAAGCCAGGCCGAGUUCUCACUCACCACCAUAUCUCGAGCUUGCGGUUCAGAAUAGCACGAAUCCCCCUGCUAAAUGGCUAUGGCGUCCAAGUGAAGAGAUCUUGGGCUCCGAACUCGUGGUCAGAGUAGGCGGAUCGUUUACAUGGCCGCCUCCUCAUCUGGACGUCCACCAGAUCGAUAGAUUGGUUCUCAUCGCAGGCGGUGUCGGUAUCAACCCGCUCAUAUCGAUCUUCUCCCAACUCAUCAGGGGCUCUUCAAGACCGAAGGAGAUUCACUUCAUAUACGGCACCAAAACAACAUCGGAGCUGGAUCCUCAAAGAAUCCUCUUCGUCCCACGACUCAUGGAUCUUGUCGCUGCUGAGGCCGAUCCAAACGUCACCUUGAGCUUAUUCCUAACAGGCACUGGAGAUGAAGGUCCCAUCGAGCAUGGCAAGCUGCCAAAUCGGACGUUUGGUAGACGGAUCACAGAAGCAGAUCUCGUCAGAGCCAUCGAUGGAUACAAGCAGAAUGUCUUUGGAGCCGAGCACGAUCGUAAGAACACUGUAUGCUAUGUGUGCGGUCCACAGAAGAUGACAGACGAAGUUGUAUCCUUCCUCCGUGGUCAAGAAGGCUUGUCUGAGGAGCGAGUGCUACAAGAGAAGUGGUGGUGA